CCUUGCAUGCUUUCAUGUUGUCAGUAUAUUGUGCAAUGAUGGUGUUGUGUGCUACAACACUAUUUGCCGAUGUUAGCCUCGGAAGAGGAGGUCGAUUCAACUUCCGCACACGCCACUGGAGUCAAAUUCUGAGGACGAUCUCCAUCCUGUCCGGUUCACUGGCGAUAAUCUCACUACUUUCAAUUAUCCAGCUAUAUGUUGCGUUGGUCUCGUUACUUGUGUGGCUCCUGCUUGCUACACACCUUACUAGCAGCUUGAUUCAAGACUUAAACCAACCGCUGAUACCAUCUACUACCAGUAACAGAGUAGCAAAUUUCACCAGCACAAUAUCAGAAUCUAUCAAUAUGGUAUUUGGUACGAUGAAAAAUUGGGCAACAAACUUGUUUCAACGGUGUACCGCAGGAAUUCCAGUGAUCAACAUAAGGAAUCUAUUUGAUCGUCGCAUCAGUGGCACAGCAACAGGCAUGGUCGGACUACCUGUUUAAAAUCAAUUUCAGAUGUAGUGUAUGUGUAUCAUUUCGUAGGAUGCAUCAGAAUGUAACCCUAGUGUUUGUAAUUUUAUAGCAAAGUUGUCCUGAAUGUCCUAAUGGUUAAGAAUUUGAAUCUCCAUAUUGAGAUGAGCUGGGAAAAGUUUGGAAAGGAGAGGGUUUAAUCUAAAAACAACAUACAAAUGAUUUCCAACAGAAUAUAUAUUCUUUUCCACAUAUAAAUGAGAAUACUUACA